AAUUCUGCGUUUGACAACAAUGACUACAAACAUCAAAACGGACGUUCUGAUUGUUGGUGGUGGACCUGUGGGCCUUCUUGUAGCUCACGGUCUUGCCAGGCAGGGCGUGGAUACCGUGCUUGUCGAGAAACAUGACAAGAAUCAGCAAGCUAUGUACGGCAGAGCGACAACCCUAUAUCCCCGAACGCUGGAAAUGCUUGACCAGCUCGAGCUCCUGGAUGAGCUGAACCAAAUCGGAUAUAUCGGCCGUAAUAGCGUCACAUACAAAGAUGGCAAGCGGGUAACCUCACGAGGCUGGCAUGUGAUGUUCCAGCGGAUGACUGGCACAUUCUUGGACUAUUGCCUGAAUAUCCGGCAGAAGUAUUCUGAGAAUGUGAUUCGGGAUGCUUAUCUGGAGAUGGGAGGCCGGGCGUAUAUCGGUUGGGCACUAGAAGACUUCACGGUGGAUCACCAGACCAAGGGCGACUAUAAAGUAACCUCACAAAUUCGCCAGGCUGAUACAGGUGAAGGUUUGACCAUUUGCAGCAAGUUUAUUGUUGGGGCGGACGGUGGACACUCACUUGUUAGACGUUUAUCGGGUAUCCCAUUUGAGGGCGAUCGCACAGACUUUAAAUGGGUUCGCAUUGAUGGACAGUUCAAGACCAACAUGCCAGAUGCGGAUCUUGGUUUUGCGUCCAUUGAGUCCAAGAGCCACGGGAACGUUCUUUGGGUCCAAUUAGACCAUGGCGUGAAACGCAUAGGCUUUGCAAUGACUGACGAAAUGCUAGCGAAAUAUGGUAAUUCGCUUACAGAAGAGCAAGCUAAGGAAGAAGCUGUCAAGUCGAUGGAGCCGUUCUCAUUGGAAAUUGAGAAGGUCGACUGGUGGACGCUAUACAGCAUCAACCAACGAGUCGCUGAUACCUUUUUCGCCAACGACCGUAUCUUGCUGACAGGCGACGCAUGUCAUACACAUUCCUCUGGUGCCGCACAAGGUAUGAAUACUGGCGUCCACGAUGCAGUCAAUCUGGCCUGGAAAUUGGGAGGUGUAGUAAAAGGCUGGUAUAGCACCGACAUCCUCCGAACAUAUGACAACGAGCGACGUCCGGCAGCGCAACAUCUCAUUGAGCUAGACAAGGCAUUUUCGGCAACCAUUUCUGGGCAAAUUCCAGAUACCCACAAGAGUUUGUAUGCCGAUGCAAACGAGCUAUUUACGAAGCUCUUCGAUGAGUCGAUCCAAUUCAACAUCGGACUGGGAAUUCACUACAAUGAGAGUAUUAUUAACAAAGCUCCAUCUACCGGAAUGGUUUCAGCUGGCUGGAGAGCACCAGAUGCUCUGGUCUAUGCUCCCGGCUCCCGUAUCCCGAUUCGGCUUUUCCAACUUACCAGAAAUACUGGAAUGUGGUCUGUUCUCAUAUUCGCUGGACAGCCUACCCUCACCCGGGAGACACUGGCUUCAUCGAUGAAGAAGCUGGCUGUAGCACUUGACAAACUCCCUAAGGGCAUGGCCCGGUGCUUUACAUUGAUUGCACAUAGCGUCACAGAAGGUGACCAGGUCUUUGGAAUCCCCAGGGUUGGUCAUACAUAUUAUGAUUCCGACCGAUCUGUCCACGCUGCAUAUACCAUUUCCACCAAUAGUGGUGGGGUGGCGAUUCUUAGACCGGACGGCAUUCUUGGAUACGCCACAACCCUGGAAGAUAUUGAGACCACUGAAGCUUUCUUUAACAGCUUCGUUUCGUGCAAUUAGGAAUGGAAAUCCACAGAUUCACCGACGGAUACGGGGUCCUAGUAUGCACCAAUGGUUCCUGACUCCCUUCUUUAUUUCACUUCUU